GACAGUCAAGUCGAACUUCAACUUCACAUUUACAUCAGACAGUUUUACUAUCUAUCAUUUUAUCAAAAUUUGUAAAAGAUCUAAAACGAGAGAUACGAGUAUCAGAAUUUUCUGAAGAAAGUGAUAAUGAGUAUAAGAAUGAAUUAAAGCUAAAUAUAGAUGAUAUCAAGUUUGAAGAAUAUAUUGAUCAAAGGAAUAAAUCA